AUGGCCCUCUGUUUUCAAUACUUCCAUAGUUCCAUCAGAUUGAGACGCCAAGCAGCAGAGAGGAGAUGAUUUUCCUCUUUCUAAGUUCAAGUUUUUGAAGCUCUUUCUCAAUCCAAGACAAAAAUCCAAUUGUGAUUGAACAUCUCAGAAGGUUUCCUCGGUGGCUGAAGAACAAAAUCGAAAAUCCAAUUGUGAUUGAGAGGAUCAGAUGAAAAAGUAAAUUCAAGAGAUUGAAGAGUUGAUUUUAUCUUCCAAAAACGCAAAAAGGGGUUCAAAUCAUUCAAUUGUUGAAUUUGUUUGAUUGUUGGUUGGAUUUGAAGUUGUUAUCAUGGCUCAUACUAGAAAGUUUAAGUCCGGGGCGCAGAAAAGAAAAGAGAAAGAGAGGAGAGAAGCUUUACGUAAAACUCAAGUUGGUUCUCAUAAUAAGUAUUUUAGUAGCAACAAAGAAGAGGCAUGUCAAGCUGUAAAUGAGAAUACAAGUGAGGAACCAAAGCAGGUGGUGAAUGAUCAUCAUAUUGAAGAGGCAGAAGAGCUAAAUCAAUCAGAGAAUGAGGAAAAUAAUGAAAAUCUCAAUGAAGAUGUUCACAAUGCAGAGCCAAAUCAGUCAGAGAAUGAGGAAAUUAAUGACAUUAUCCAUGAAGAUGUUCACACUACAAAUUCAACUGAGGAAAUUCUUUUUGACAUGGAUGAUCCAGGGAAUUGGAACAGGACAGACCAAAAUAUAUAUUACAGAUUUCUUGGUUGAAAGAGGCCCGAAAAGAGACAAUAAUGUCAUCUUUCCGAAAGAUAAAUGUGACAGAUGUUUUUCCUCAAAGCAUUACUUCAGAGAAUUACCAAAUGGAGAGAAGCAAGAAAGAAAGUGGCUGGUAUAUUCGGUUUCUUUGGAUAAAGUUUUUUGCUUUUGUUGUAAAUUGUUUGCAAAGAAACAUCUUGUGGGGCAAUUAGCUGAUGAAGGUGUGAAUGAUUGGCACAAUAUUUCUGAUCGACUUAAAAGUCAUGAAAGAAGUAGGUAUCACAUUGGCUCAAUGACAAGUUGGAUGGAGUUGGCAAAAAGGCUAAAAUUGAAGUUAACAAUUGAUGCAAGUCUAAAAGAACAAAUCAAUCAAGAAAAGGAACACUGGAAGCAAGUAUUAGAGAGAAUUCUUGCAGUUGUGAAAAGACUUGGGAAAAAUAAUUUAGCUUUUUGUGGAGAUAGUGAAAAGCUAUAUGAGAAGAACAAUGGCAUUUUCUUACAGAUGAUAGAACUACUUGCUGAAUUUGAUUCGACUAUGCAAAAAACAUGUUCGACGUAUUAAUAAACAUGAGGUUCAAUAUCAUUAUUUGAGUCACAAAAUUCAGAAUGAGAUGAUUCAAUUGUUGGCAGGGGAGGUGAAAAGCUCAAUUAUUAGUAGAAUCAAAGAAGCCAAAUAUUUUUCAGUUAUACUUGACUGUACUCCAGAUGUAAGUAAUGAGGAACAUAUGUCUCUUGUAUUAAGAAGUGUCAAUGUUUCGGCUACUCCUAUUGUGGUUGAAGAAUAUUUUCUAGAAUUCUUAAAGGUAUCUGACACAUCAGGUCUUGGAGUGCUUAAUGAACUUCUAACUGCAUUGAAGACUCUUGGACUUGAU